AUGAAUGAAGUCAUUUCUGACCUGGGAUCGGACCAAAUGGGUUUCAAAAUAGAAUUUGACCUAGAACACAUCUUAACAGGGGAUAGAACAGUCAAAUAUAAUUACAAAAAAUGCAACCUAGAGAAGAUUAAUACAGACCUAAUCAAAUACAUAAACCAGCAAGCACAGUCAAUAAUAACCACAAACCAAAUCACAGACUUUAGCAACAAAGUAUCUGAAAUUAUUACACAAAAUACUCCGCUUAUAAAAAAUCAAAACUUUUCUUAUCCUCUACCACCAUUCAUAGUCAGAUUAAUUAAGGAAAAAAGGAGAAUGUUAAGGGAAUACUAUGCCAGGCCAGAUCCAGAAAUAAAAACAUUACCAAAUUUGGAGAUAAAUGAAGAACAAGACAAAAAUUUUUAUACAAAAAUACGUAAAUUGACACGCUACAAGGUCUCCUUGGUAGUUCCAGACUUGGAAGAAAAUGACAUCACAUAUUCUACGGAUCAAGAAAAAGUAAAAAAGUUCCACGAUUACUAUGAGCAACAUUUCAAUCAGACCGACCAUCCUGACUUUGAAAAGGACAAUAAAGUAUUUAUCAAUAGAUGGUACGGAGAAUUUUUCAACGAACAACUAGAAAUGAAUCAGCCUAAAGAAGAACUUGACCCAAAUGAAUAUUAUAAAAUAAUUCAUUCAGAAAAAGAUAGCGCACUAGAAUCAGACAACAUUCCGUAG